AUGGACCACAUUUUAUCUGUCUGCCUGUUAGUUUGUAGUUUUAAGAAUGCGUUGACCCAAGUUGCAGUAGGCAGUGGAUUUGGAAAUGGCAUGAUCAAUAAUGGUAUUGGUCUAACUAAUAACUAUGCCAAUGGACUGGCAGCAAAUAAUUUAGCCAGUGGUAUUGCUCCGAAUGGAUUAUUAAAUAAUGUGGCUUAUGGCAAUAAUAUGGUCAAUAAUGUGCCAUUUAAUAAUGGUCUGGCAAAUUCAAUAGCCAAUGUUAAUGCUGCUGCCGCUGAAAACGUUGUCAAUGCUGCUAUUGCCAGUACUGCUGCUGCCAAUAAUGUUAUUAAUGCCAAUAAUGGUUUAAACAACGUGCCAUUGGCAGGAUUGCCUAUAUCUGGCGUAUCACCAUACGGAUUUGGUGAUGUAGCGAUCCGGGGUACCUUACCAGUGGAUGGCUUAACUGCAGUAUCUGGUAACGUGCCAGUGAUAGGUUUUGUCACGUUUGAAGGAACUGUGCCGGCUGGUGGUACGGUCACUCUUGCCAGCAACUGUGGUUGCAACAAUCAAGUUGUA